AUGUCAGCCAAGGAGAGAUUGCUUUGGACCGCUUUUGAAAGAGCUAAGCCACGAAUGUGCGGUCAAGCAGCAAAGCUGACCAUUGAUGCGAUGGAACUACACCGCAGAUAUCAAGAUCGUACAACACCCGAAAACCAUCCGUUUUACGCGAAAAUAAAGGGCAGAGGUCAAGAAAGCGACCCAGAGCUUUUAUAUUAUCCUUACAUGCUCGUACUACAGGCCAUAUGGCCUGACAACUCACACGUCCGAACCAUGGCUGAAGCGUUCGCCAAGCACUGGGGCGUCUCCAACAUGUGGCGGGGCCCAGAAUUCUAUCCCAUGCUGAAUGACAGAGAGCUCGAGAUGAAGCUCUUCAUGGGAAAGAAAGUGAGGUGGACUAAGAAACGAGUGACUCAAGAGUGGGCAGGAAAUGAUGAAGUCAACGAAGGAGCAGAAGAACAGGAGAAAGGAGAUGAGGGGGACCAGCAACAAGAGGAGCAAGAGGGAGAAGAAAAGCAAGACGAAGAAAAGGACAAAGAGCAAGAGGGAGAGAGGGAACAGGAGGCAGACGACGAAGACACACCUCAGAAUAUUAGCGACAUCGAUACCCUUACCGACAUCGAAAAGCUCGACGAAAUGGAAAGCACACUCGAAAACAAACGAAAUGAACUCAUGAAACAGGUCCAAAAUACAGAGGAACUGAUGCGAAACGUUCAAGAGCGAAAGAGAGACAUUGACAAGGAGAAGUCGGACAGAUACACGAAGAAUGCGGAGGAACUACAAAGAAAGCUCGAGGCAGAGCGUAGUGUCGCCGAACACUGGGCGACCAAAGAAAGGGAAUACACCAAGAAGCUUGAGAAAUCAUCAGCAACAUCUUCUGUCAUCUCUCCGCCUCCUGAAGAGGAGUCAGCGAGUCCUGCGAAACGUCGACGAAUUGAUGGGUCCGGGGAGUGA